AUGGGGUCUCCGUCCUUCUUCCUUGGGAUUGAGACUGUUUCUCUGUCCGAUGGUUUGUUGCUCUCUCAGCGGCGCUAUAUGAGUGAUAUUUUGAAGCGCGCCGGUAUGAUUGACUGUAAGCCCGUUGCUACCCCUGUGUCUCUUGCGGUGACUGAUGAUUCUGCGUCGGCUCCUUUUGAUGAUCCUACUCAAUACCGCAGUCUGGCCGGGGCACUUCAGUAUCUUACAGUUACUCGUCCGGACUUGUCAUAUGCGGUGAACCGGCUUUGUCAGCACAUGCAUACUCCCACCAUGGCGCAUUGGGGGAUGCUAAAACGGGUGUUACGGUAUGUCAAGGGCACUAGUGACCUGGUUCUGUUUGUCAGACGUUCUGUUUCCACUGAUAUUCAUGCAUUCUCUGACUCGGAUUGGGCCGGUAAUCCGACUGAUCGCAAGUCGACGAGUGGGUUUGCUGUCUACCUAGGUGGCAAUCUCGUUUCUUGGUCUUGUCGCAAGCAACGUACAGUGGCUCGCUCGUCAACAGAAGCUGAGUACAAGGUCUUAGCGGAUGUGUCUGCGGAAGUGACCUGGCUUGUGUCACUGCUGAGGGAGAUUGGACUGUCUCCGGAGUCUCCGCCCAAACUGUGGUGUGAUAACUUGGGCGCCACCUAUCUCUGCGCUAACCCGGUAUUUCAUGCGCGAACAAAGCAUGUGGAGAUUGACUACCACUUUGUUCGUGACGAAGUCUCCAAGAAGGAGAUUCAGGUUCAUUUCAUCUCCACGAAGGAUCAGCUGGCUGAUAUUUUCACUAAGGCGCUUCCGUCUACCCGGUUUCUUUUUCUGCGUGGCAAGCUUAAUGUUGCAGCUGGUCCACCUUAA